AUGGCCAGCUCACCGGGCACGGGCGCGCCGGACCUCCAGUUCGUCCUGGACAUCCUCCAAGCCCAGAAUGGUUGCGCGGAGCUCCAAAGUUGGGGUGCUGCUGCUCUACACAACCUCACGGAGGAGUCCGGUGCCGAACUCCGACGCGAAGCCUUGGAGCUCGGUGCCUGGGAGCUGGUACUCGCUGCAAUGAAGCAGCACGCCGAGUCCCCCUCCGUCCAGGAGUGUGGGCUUGCAGCCAUAAGUGGCUUUGCGAAGGAUGCAAGCACGAGGCAAAAGACCUCGGAAGCUUCAGCUGUUGCCCUGGUGGCGAAGGCGAUGAAGGAUUUCCCCGCGGAGGGCGAGGUCCAGCGAUGGGGUCUUGCGGCCUUAGGUGAGCUGCUGCGACACGGGGAGGCGCUUCCCAAGCAAAUCGUGGAGACCGGAUCCUUGGACCUGGCUUUGGUAGCCUUGCAGCUUCAUCCUGGAUCUGCGCAGGUUCAAGCUGCAGGGGCGGCCUUGCUUGGCCGUUUUGCGCUGCUGCCGCGACCACCAGAGGUGGCCACUGCUGGGGCGCUGACUUCGGCUAGCCUGGGCCUGGCUAGCCUCAAGGACGCAGAUCUCCAACUGACACAUGAGUACGACGCCAGCACAAGGGUAGUCUUCGAUGGUCCGACUUGGGAAAGAGCGUCGCUUCUGGGCCCAGCUGUCGUCAAGAAGUUGCCCUUGUAA